AGCAGAAUUACACUGUGGAUGGCUCUCAUGCAACUGCACAGCUUCCUCCUCAGGAACACGCACUGACAGUUCCACAUCAUACACUGUAAGGCACAUUACUUUAUCUGUGGAGCAAGCAGAAGGAUAUAGCAAUCAUCUUAAAAAGAGUCAGUGCUCAGAUGCUUAUAACUACCAGUUCUGGACUCAGACAGAUAAAACCCUUUUGAUGCCUAAAGACAAGUUUAUGGACCACUUCCCGGGACCUCAGUCAUUUUCCUUAAACAUGGAAUUUAUUUGUGGGCUCUGCAGUUGCAAUAAGGAGGAAGAAUGUCAGUGACAUUAUUAUCUAGGAUAUGUGGUACAAUGCUAAGCAGAUAUUGGGAUAUUUAAUGGAUCAUAAAGUGGUCAGUACUAGACAUAAAAAUGAACAUUGCUUAGAAUCACAUAGUGGAUUUUCUGCUGUGCAAGGAAGAUAAAAGUUUGUACUUUUACAAAAUAACCUGGUUGUUCAUUACCCUGUAGAAGGUGGAAUUGUUUUAUACACUUUUCUUUGGAUAUAUGUUAAUAUGUAAACAUGGAUCUCCUAAUUCAGACUCUACUUUGUGGAUUGUUAUGUGUUCAGGUUUUUGGAUCUCGUCUUCGCCAGGAAGAUUUUCCUCCACGAAUAGUUGAACAUCCUUCAGAUGUAAUAGUGUCAAAAGGGGAACCAACAACAUUGAAUUGCAAAGCUGAAGGCCGACCAACACCAACUAUUGAGUGGUACAAAGAUCUAGAAAGAGUGGAGACAGACAAAGAUGACCCUCGCUCCCAUCGCAUGCUUCUGCCCAGCGGAUCUUUAUUUUUUUUGCGUAUUGUCCAUGGGCGCAGGAGUAAGCCAGAUGAAGGAAGCUAUGUCUGUGUUGCCAGGAAUUACCUUGGAGAGGCGAUGAGUCGAAAUGCAUCUUUGGAAGUGGCAUUGCUCCGUGAUGACUUCCGACACAACCCUACAGAUGUUGUAGUAGCAGCUGGGGAACCUGCAAUUUUGGAAUGUCAGCCUCCAAGAGGACAUCCUGAACCAACCAUCUACUGGAAAAAAGAUAAAGUCAGAAUAGAUGAUAAAGAAGAAAGAAUUAGUAUUCGAAAUGGGAAACUUAUGAUUUCUAACACAAGAAAAAAUGAUGCAGGGAUGUAUACUUGUGUUGGCACCAAUAUGGUUGGAGAAAGAGAUAGUGACCCGGCAGAGCUGACUGUAUUUGAACGACCUACAUUUAUCAAAAGGCCAAUUAAUCAGGUUGUUUUAGAGGAAGAGGCUGUAGAAUUUCGAUGUCAGGUCCAAGGGGAUCCACAACCAACUGUUCGAUGGAAAAAAGAUGAUGUAGAUGUGCCUAGAGGAAGAUAUGACAUUAAGGAUGAUUACACCUUGCGCAUAAAGAAAGCUGUCAGUGCUGAUGAAGGCACAUAUACUUGUAUUUCUGAAAAUCGUGUUGGUAAAGUAGAAGCCUCAGCCACUCUCACAGUGAGAGGUUCACCGAUCGCACCACCUCAGUUUGUUGUCAGACCUCGAGAUCAGAUUGUAGCACAAGGUAGAACGGUAACAUUCCCAUGUGAAACCAAAGGAAAUCCUCAACCAGCUGUUUUCUGGCAAAAAGAAGGGAGUCAGAAUUUACUCUUCCCAAACCAACCACAGCAGCCUAACAGUAGGUACUCAGUGUCCCCGACUGGAGACUUAACUAUCACUAACAUUCAACGCUCAGAUGCAGGCUACUACAUUUGUCAAGCGUUGACGGUUGCUGGAAGCAUAUUGGCAAAGGCCCAGCUGGAAGUUACUGAUGUCUUGACAGACAGACCACCACCUAUAAUUUUGCAAGGUCCAGCCAAUCAGACAUUGGCAGUCGAUGGAAUGGCAGUGCUAAAAUGUAAGGCUACCGGAGAUCCAAUGCCCAUCAUAAGUUGGCUAAAGGAAGGAUUCAAUUUCAUGGGGAGAGAUACAAGGUUAUCCAUUCAAGAUCAAGGAACACUUGUAAUUAGGUCUCUGAAAACAAUUGAUUCUGGCACAUAUACUUGUGUGGCUACAAGUUCAAGUGGUGAAACAACAUGGAGUGCCGUUUUAGAGGUCACAGAAACAGGUGGUGUGUCUGUCAGCAAGAAUUAUGAUCUAAAUGAUCUACCUGGAUCUCCAUCAAAACCUCAAGUGACAGAUGUCAGUAAGAAUAGUGUUACCUUAUCAUGGCAGCUUGGCUCACCGGGAAACCUACCUGUCAAUUCAUAUAUCAUAGAGGCUUUCAGUCAAUCUGUUAGCAAUAGCUGGCAAACUGUAGCUAAUCAUGUGAAGACCACACUUUAUACUGUCAAAGGGCUAAGACCGAAUACAAUUUAUCUUUUCAUGGUGAGAGCCAUUAAUGUUGAAGGUCUAAGUGAUCCAAGUCCAAUAUCUGAUCCAGUACGGACACAAGAUAUCAGUCCACCUGUACAAGGUGUAGAUCAUCGACAAGUUCAAAAAGAAUUGGGAGAUGUCAUUGUUAGACUGCAUAAUCCUGUUGUUCUAUCACCAACAACAAUUCAAGUCACCUGGACGGUUGAUCGUCAUUCACAGUUUAUUCAGGGCUACAGAGUAAUGUACCGCCAGAUAUCAGGCCUCCCGUCUCCAUCUGCGUGGCAAAACAUGGAGGUCAAAGUACCUGCGGAACGCAGUGUUGUCAUAGCUAACCUAAAAAAAGGAAUUACUUAUGAGAUUAAAGUGCGACCCUAUUUUAAUGAAUUCCAAGGAAUGGACAGUGAGACAAAGUCAGCACGGACAACUGAAGAAGCCCCAAGUGCCCCUCCGCAGGCUGUUAUCGUUCAGACAGUGGGAAGCAACAAUAGCACAAGCAUUAGUGUCUCUUGGGACCCUCCUCCCACGGAUCACCAAAAUGGAAUUAUUCAGGACUAUAAGAUUUGGUGUUUAGGUAAUGAGACCAGAUUUCACAUAAACAAAACUGUGGAUGCUGCAAUACGCUCAGUGGUGAUUGGCGGUUUGUUUCCUGGUAUUCAGUACCGAGUAGAAGUUGCUGCGAGCACAAGUGCCGGUGUUGGUGUAAAAAGUGACCCUCAGCACAUAUUGAUAGGAAAUCGCAAUGAAGUUGUAAUUACUGGGAAUAAUAAUAGCAUAACAGAGCAAAUCACAGAUGUUGUAAAACAGCCUGCAUUCAUAGCCGGAAUUGGAGGUGCCUGCUGGGUCAUUCUGAUGGGAUUCAGUAUCUGGUUAUAUUGGCGCAGAAAGAAAAGGAAGGGGUUAAGCAAUUAUGCUGUAACUUUCCAAAGAGGAGAUGGAGGGUUAAUGAGCAAUGGAAGUCGGCCAGGACUUUUGAAUUCAAGUGACCCUAGCUAUCCUUGGCUUGCAGACUCAUGGCCAGCGUCCAGCAUGCCAGUUAACAACAGCAACAAUGGACCCAAUGAUCUUGUUAAUUUUGGCUGUGGAGAUGUGCUGCCUACAGUGCCAGGCCAAGGAGACAAAACAGCUACAAUGCUCUCUGACGGGGCUAUUUAUAGCAGCAUUGAUUUUACUACUAAAUCAAACUACAACUGCCCAGGACAAAUUGCGCAAACCACACCGUAUGCUACAACGCAGAUAUUACAUUCCAAUAGCAUUCAUGAGCUAGCAGUUGACUUGCCUGACCCACAAUGGAAAUCUUCACUUCAGCAAAAAUCAGAACUUACUGGACUUGGUUACUGCCUAACUGACCAAGGAAAAGGAAAUAACUCCUUACUUUACAUUCCUGACUAUCGAAUGGCUGAGGGAUUGUCUAAUAGAAUACCACACAACCAAUCACAGGAUUUCAGCACCACAAGCUCACACAACAGCUCAGAGAGAAGUGGCAGCCUUUCAGGUGGAAAAGGAGGGAAAAGGAAGAAAAAUAAAAACAAUUGCAAAUCCCAGAAAAACAAUGGAUCUAACUGGGCAAAUGUUCCGCUACCACCACCACCUAUUCAACCAUUGCCCGGUACUGAGAUUGAGCAUUACGGGAUUGAACAACAUGAAGCAGGCUAUGAUAGUGAUGGAUGGUGCCCUCCACUGCCUGUGCAAACCUAUUUACACCAGGGCUCAGAUGAUGAACUUGAGGAAGAUGAUGACAGAGUCCCAACGCCACCUGUUCGUGGGGUGGCUUCAUCUCCUGCAAUCUCCUUUGGUCAACAGUCUACUGCAACACUGACACCAUCUCCACGAGAAGAAAUGCAACCAAUGCUUCAAGCCCAUCUGGAUGAACUAUCAAGAGCUUACCAAUUUGACAUUGCUAAGCAAUCUUGGCAUUUACAGAGCAAUAACCAGCCUCCUUUGGCCCCAGUUCCACCACUGGGAUAUGUUUCUGGAGCUUUUAUUUCAGACUUAGAGAAAGAUGUUCAAGAUCAGGAUGAGGAUGAAAUUGAAGAUGAAUCUUUAGAAAUUACAAGGCCCCUUCGAGGUUUAGAACACACUCCAGGCUCUAGUAUGGACAAUUUAGACAGCUCCGUGACAGGAAAAAUGCACUCUUUUUCUCAGAAGCCCAGACCUGCCAGUCCAUUUUCUACUGACAGUAAUACAAGUUCAGCCAUGAAUAAUAGCCAAAGACCACGGCCAACAAAGAAACACAAGGGUGGCCGACUGGACCAGCCACCUGUACUUCGCAGAGAUGGAAAUGCAGAUGACUUGCCCCCACCCCCUGAACCUCCACCAUGUCAAAACAUAAGGCAGCAAGUGGGGUCUAAUCAACGCGGGGGAAAUAUGUGUGGUCCCACAGAAAGGAAAGCAAGUUCUCUUGAGAGGCAUACAACAAAUACAGAUGACACAAAGACCUCAUUGGAACGCCAUGCAAGAACAUCCUUAGAGCGACAGCGACAAACACAAGAAUGGCUUGGCUCCACGGAACGUCAAAAUAAGCAAGCUUUUGGAUCAGAAGAAGUUUUGAUGCCAUAUUGUAAACCAAGUUUCCCAUCACCCGGAGGACACAGUUCUACAGGAACAACUUCUUCAAAGGAAUCAACUGGACCCAGAAAAGGGGAAAUUUUGAGAGGUCAUCAACGCAAUGCUCUUGAUUUUCUUGAUGUAGGAUAUUUGGGGCCAAACAGUCAAGGACAGUUUACUGGAGAAUUAUAGUACUGAAAAGAAACAUCACAAGCUGCUCUAAAGACCAUCUGGUCUGGACUGAUGAAAGUGAUGAAAAAACUUAAAUAGUGCAAUGAACAUUUUCUUUAUUUAUGUACUAUUGGAAGGACUGUAAAUGCAAUGUAAAGACACAAAGUCACACAUAUCCCACAAAAGUUUUUCUUUUUUCCCCGUCUUUUAAAUACACCAUCCACCUUAACUAUUUCUUGCCAGGAGUACACAAAAGAGGAAAACCCACCAUCAAGGAUAAAAACAUUCUGCUUUGUAUAUAAUUUCUUGUGUUGCAUUGCUAUGCAAGUUUGCCCUCUUUUCGCUCUGUUAAUAUUAUUGUCUGUUCUUAUUGUUCUAUUGUACUAUAUGUGAACUAAUAGGAUGUGGUGCCAUAUAAAUUCUUUUUUGUUUAAUGUUGUAAUAUUCAUAUUUAAAUUUUGCACUGCAUUUUUUUUGAUGAUAAGCACAAACUCCUAUUCCUUGUGAUAUGAAGUAAAGAGAAUAAAUGUGAAAGGAAUUUCUGUACUGUAAAGCAAAAUGUCAUAGUAAUGGCAGGACGGCAUGGGAUUGUUUUCCAUAAUAAAGUUGAAAGAAGCCAAAAAAAUAAUGAUUCUGGAAAUAUGACAACGCGUUUUGAACAGCAAGGAUCCGUAAUAAGCAAUAUAUUUUAUUUUUUGCUUUUUAAAAAUGGUAAUAAUGCAUUUUAUCAUGGAUGGACAGACAAACACACAAUCUUUAUAUGCUCACUCACAACUCCUUAUGACAUUUAUCAGGGUACCAAGCAAGGGUAUAAUACUAGGAAUAUAAUACUAGGAAGCAAAGAACUUGCACUCUCUGGAUUUUUUAAUGUCUAAAAGUUUAAUUUAUUGUAUUGUAUUUUGCAAGUUCUUUGCUUCCACACACAUAUCAUCUUUACAUAUACAACUAAAAUAUAACAUUCCAAUGUUCCCAUUCAUUUAAUCAUAUUAUGACAGUAAAAUAAACCAAUUUUUUUCACUACAAUGAUUCAAUAAGAACAGUUUUUCUACAUUAUCAUUGCUGCUUUUCAUACAUAAUGAGUCCAACAUGACAUAGAUGUACCUAAUUCAUCCUUUUAUGUAUUUUUUAUUCUUACACAAAAGUAAUCCAAUAGACAUUCGCAUACAACUAUACAAAUACACGUAUGAAACCACAACUUAAAGAUGAAAUAAAGAUAAUUUAAAAGCAAUAGUAUGACAAACAAGUGACCCCCAGGACGCAAUUCACAUAAGUGUAAUUUAUGCCAAAAAAAAUGAAUAAAUUAAAUAAUCAGGUAAAUUUAUUUUAUUGAACUCAUCAGAGUCACUGAUCUAAGUGACAUUAACAAGUAACAAAAGUCACAACAAAAUUGUCACAAAUGUGUGUGUUUCUGAGACAAUUAAAAUGUCUAUGUUUUAUAUUGAUAUGAAAUGUAAUGUUUCAAAGAAAACAUAUUGAGUGAUACAAUAUUUAGCUAUUGAGUUAUGCACUAAAAGGAAUAAAUUAACAACAAUAAAACCUAAAAAACAUACAUUUUUUAAACAUAGCAACAUAAAUGAAAAGUAUAUCCAUAUAUUCCUGUGUUUAAAGCAAGACAAAUGUCAGUUGGCACAUAUAUUUUUUUUAUAUAUAUAAACAUGGAGAAAAUGCUAGGAUUUUUUUUUUUUCAUGUCAAGGGCUCCAGAUUUUUUUUUUUAACUAUAUUGCGGGUGUAAGGUAGGUCAAUGUAUCAAGCUCUAAACAUUGCAUUUUAUCAUUAAAUAGGCUUUCAGUAAAUAAUUUGUAACUAACAUUUUCCAACUUCCUUGUCGAGAUAUUUUACAUUUACCAUGUCGGUUUUGUGUCAGUGACAAAUAGCUAUGGUGGUUUAAUGGAUCAAUAUGAAGCAUCAAAGAAAGAGGAGUCAUACCCUGUACAUGAAGUAGUGUUAGUACAAAAUGGCUCUGAAGUUGCCAUAUGUCUCACUUUUUUAUAGUUACAACAAAUCUGUAUACUGUUUAAUAAAUAUGACCAUUGCUUUUCUGAAAUUUCACGAUACUGUCCAAUAAAUAUGUCCGUUACUUUACUAAAAUGUCAUAACAAAACAUACAAUAUACUGUUGUUUAGAAGCGUAAUACUUGUCAACUUAUAAAUGCAAACUUUUAUUAUAAUUAUUAUUAUUAUUACCAUUAUUAUCUCUAUUUUCAAAUCAUAUAUUACCUCUCAGAAACAUUUUCAGCAUACCUAUUUUAAGUCUGUAUAAAAUAUAAUGUGCUAACAUUGACUGGGCCCAAUCUAACAUUCUUCAACAUUCUUCCAUUGUAAUUUUUGCCUUUUCCGCAUUAAAGUAUUAAAGUUGUACAGUGUCAUGAUAUUUACAAACUGAUCCACAUUUUAUUAACUAAUAGUAGUCUGUAAAGACAAAGCAUAUUACUUAUUUAUUAAAUUAAUUCCAUCAAUAGAAAACAAUCAUUCAUUUUCAGUAUCACUCUUUUUAAAGGAAUGCUGCCCUUAAGUAUCACACUAAACCAUUGAUGUGUGAAUUUUUAUUCAACAAUUUAUGAAAUUGUAAAUGUAAUUUAUAUUGACAGAAAUCAGAUAACUUCAUUUUUACUGUCCUGUUUUGUACUAUUUUGACUAUGUUUGGUUCAUCAAUGUGAAAGCUGUUCAUGCAAUUAGGAUAAAAUCCACGAAUAAGAUUCAUAAUAAACAAAUUCUAAUGUAUACAAAUCACAAAAUCUGGGUAUCAUAUCUCAAUUGAGGGUUCUAUGUCAAAAAAGGAGAUUAAACAUUUUUGUGUGUCUUCAUGAAUUUGAUAAAAAUGUUAUUCACAAAUGUAUUGACAUGCAAAAAAGAUGGAUUUUAUGUUUAACACAAUUGUUGAUGCACAGACAUGAUUUAUAUGAGCUACUUUAUAUGUAUUAAAAUGUAUAUGAAAUUGAUCAAAGAAGACGCUUGACUUUGAUAUACCUAAACAGUCUGUUUUAUGAUAGAAUUAUAACAAGUUAAAUAUACAAUAAUAUCAAAUCAUUCAAAUGGUUUAAUGCUUAAAAUAUAUCCUUUUUAUUGAACCCCAAAUAUAUUUAAAGGGCCAUCAAAUUUAAAAAGGGCAGUGUACUGUAAAAUAUAUGCAAAAUUAUUUAGGUUUAUUUUUGUAUAGGAAAUAAUGGUUUCUGUUAAGAGAAACCACAACCCAAUAAAAUUGGCUGAAUGUGCAGGGAGAUCAUACAGCACUAUCUUAUCUUUUUUAUAUGUACACAGAGUCAUUUGUAUCUUAAAAGUAUAUACAUAGUGAAACCAAUACUUACAGAGAACAAUGGAAAAUUAACAUUUUAGUACCUCUGUUCCUCCCCAAUUAGGAUUGUGAUUUAUAAUAAACUUUCUUGUUUACAUAACCUUUCUAUAACCAGUACUCAUAUUGUGAAUUUUAAAUAAAGGUUGGAAUACAGAAGGCAAAUACAGAUAUUUCAAAUUCCAAAAUAAUAUAAAAAGGAGCUAUUUGUAAAUAAUUUAAUACACUCCAGAAGGUACAGUGGAUAAUUUGCAACACAUUAAAAGGAACGAUAAAACUCACAGUACACUGUCCCUUUAAACGUUUCUAAUACACUAUCUAAAUCACUAUUUUCAGCACAGUGAUUUCUGUAUUUGUUUGUGUGUGAUACAUUUUAAAAUGUCCUCUUAGAUGCAGCAAACUAGAUAUCUCUAUGGUCCCUUUACAUUUCAUUGCUCAUAUAAUGCAACGUCUACAACAUGAAAAAGCAAACAUCAAGUCAUUCUUUUUUUUUGUUUGAUGAGAAUAUUCAAUGGAUUACUUUUUUUGAAUACGUAAUAUUUCAAAUACUGUGGUUGCACAUAUUUAUUUUAUAUAAUUUUCUCACUGUUAAACUUUAUACUUUUGAUUACAAAGUCAGUGCAGGAUUUAUGUUUAUCACUGGUAUUCCUAGUUAAUCAACUUAAUGUAAGACAUGGUUACUAGUGCUGUCAAAUGUGUAUUGUAUAAUUACUGGGAAAAUAAAUAUUUCAUGUUACCAGUAUGUUCAAUGCACCUUCAAAUAUAAAACAAUUCCACUUAAAGCUGUUUACUUUUAUUUCAUCAAAGUAUCUGUCAAACAUUUUUUUUUUAAAUAAAACGUAGUUGAAAACA